CUCUCAGUUCUGUUUUGAUCACGGAGCGAGGCAGACGCAUUUUAGUAGGCGGAAAAUCAGAUCGCCUGCUAAUUGAGGAAAUGGCAAUCUCAGCAUGGACGCUUCUGGUGGCACUGAUCGCAUGGCAUUCUGGAGCGGGAGUAGACGCACAGGUCCCGGGUCCACGGACCCGAUACGAACCCAAUUGGGCCAGUUUGGACCAGAGACCCUUGCCCCAGUGGUAUGAUGAGGCCAAGGUGGGCAUCUUCCUGCACUACGGCGUGUAUUCCGUGCCCAGCUUUGGCUCUGAAUGGUUUUGGACAAACUGGAAGAAUCUCCGUAAUCCAGAGUAUGUCCAAUUUAUGCAACGCAAUUACAGGCCGGACUUCACUUAUCAGGAAUUCGCCAGCCAAUUUACUGCGGAGCUAUUCAAUGCCACUCAGUGGGCGUUACUCUUCCGAGAUAGCGGAGCCAGAUAUGUAGUGCUGACGAGCAAGCAUCACGAUGGCUUCACGCUGUGGCCCUCGAAGAACAGUUUCGGAUGGAAUUCCGUGGAUGUGGGACCCAAGCGAGAUAUAGUGAAGGAACUUGCUGCCGCCGUUCGAAAGGUUUCCGAUUUAAAGUUUGGGUUAUAUUAUUCCCUAUUCGAGUGGUUUAAUCCAUUGUGGACCGACGACAAGUUGCACCUUUUGAUGCAACAGCACUUUGUGGAGCGUAAGGUUAGGCCAGAGCAAAUGGAACUGGUGCAGCAGUACCUGCCGGAGAUCAUUUGGUCCGAUGGCGAUUGGGAAGCACCAGCCAAGUACUGGCGUUCUGAGGAGUUCAUUGCAUGGCUGUACAACGACAGUCCGGUGCGGGACACGGUGGUCACGAAUGAUCGUUGGGGCUUUGGCACUGCCUGUAUGCAUGGCGACUUCUAUAAUUGCGCAGAUCGCUUUAAUCCUGGAGUUCUGCAGCAUCACAAGUGGGAAAAUGCCUUUACCUUGGAUCGUACUAGCUGGGGCCAGCGAUUCGAUGUCAGCUUGGAGAAUUUUAUGACCUCCAAGCAGGUUAUUAAAGAGAUUGUAACCACUAUCAGCUGCAAUGGCAAUGUUCUAAUCAAUGUGGGACCCACCAAGUACGGCACCAUCCUUCCCAUUUUCGAGGAGCGCCUGCGGGACAUGGGACGCUGGCUGAAGAUCAAUGGCGAGGGAAUUUACGGCAGUGUGCCCUGGCUAUAUCAGAACGAUACUAUAACCCAGAAUGUUUGGUAUACGCGACAAAGGGAGACAUCUAAUGGCAGCAUUACUAUAUAUGCUUUUGUGCUGGAGUAUCCUUACGAUACCAAUGAACUUGAUAUCUAUCCACUUGGCAAGGAAAUCCAUAUCUUCCGUAAUGUCAUGUUGACUGGCAUUGAUUUGGGCACCGGUGGAGAGGUCAUAAAUCAGCAAUCCACUCAGGUUGUUAUGCUGGGCAUGGAGGAUACGAAAAUUAAGUGGACUGCUUACCAUAACAGAUUGCACAUUGCUUUCCCCCCGAAAAAUCACCUUGAUAAACGGGGGCUGGACUAUGCCUGGACUUUUAAAAUAACCAUAACUUAGAGCAGUCAUAUGUAGCCAAACAUUACCAAAUAAUGCCAUAUUAACCAAACUAAGUUAUUACCUUAAAAGUGAUCUUCUGAAAGUCUUACCAAGAAGUACAUUGACUUAAGACGCAAUAAAACAAGUUAAAAUGA